GAAUAUUUAGCUGGACUGGCAACAUAUCGAGCUGAGCUCGCCGCCAGUAAACAAGAUAUUUGUCAGGCAAUUUCUGAACGUGCACAGCAUCUUCAUACUGAAAUUGAUCAAAUCGUAGCUGAGCUUUGUCAAGACGUCAACGAACGAAUAACUACUGAAAACCUCGCAGCAGACCAAACAGCAGCCAAACUGGUGAAUUUGCUGAGCAAGUGUCAGACUGCAGAAACUUUUGCGCAAGCCAUACUCUUGCAUGGCAGGUGA